AUGAUUGCACCCUCUCCCUUCCUGGGUGCUCCCACUCCCCACGGCCCGGCAUUUCAAUCAACACGCCCCUCCCGGACAGCACGGCAGCGAGCUGAGCGUGUGGAGGUGGCGGACCGGCCGGGGCUGCUGAUGGUGAUUGUUGAUGUGCUGACAGGGAUGUUCGUUAGUGUGACGUCAGCAGAGAUCGACACCGAGGUGGGUGUGACGUCAGCAGAGAUCGUCACCGAGGGCGUGGUGGCGAAGGAUGUGUUCACAGUGUCGUACCGUGGGGGCCCACUGGAUGAUGAGAUGACCACGCUCACACCCAACGCCCUCAACAACACCCUCUCGCUGCCAGAUAUUGAGGCAGAGGAGAGCUACUAG